UCUUCCAAGAAUGGCAUUCGCGUUCUUGCCGGAACUGCUCAUCUCCAUACUUGUGCUACUUGUAGUCGUUCUAGGUUUGUACUACAUAAAGUCUAGUAAGAAUCCACUGUUGCCAGUGGACUGGCCAGUAGUGGGCAUCCUCCCUUCCCUAGCCAUCAACCUCCACAGACUGCAUCAGUAUAUCGCCUUUGACCUCCUAUCACGGUCCGGCCACAGCCUAAAGUUUGCCAUAGCUAGCAUACAGAUAUUCCUAACCUGCGACCCGGUGAAUAUCCAACACAUUUUCACCUUGAAUCACACAAACUAUCCCAAGGGUGAGGAGUUCGCCGAUAUCUUUGAUGUGGCAAGGGGCUCACUCUUCACUGUCGACGGCGAGCCCUGUCGUCGUGAGCGCACAAAUUACCAAGGUGUGUUGAGCAGCCCACGGGUGGUCGGGCUAAUGAACACGUGUUGUCGUGAUAAGGUGGAGAAGGGCCUUCUGCCCUUCAUGGCCCACAUGGCGUUAACAAAUGCUCAUGUCGACAUGAAUGAUCUCAUUAUGAGGCUCGUGUUUGACAUGUAUGCCAUGACCAUCUUCGGUGUGGACACGGCUUUCUUGUCCCUUGACAUGCCGCCGGUGCACGUCGCGGAUGCGAUGGACACGGUCAUGGAGGUGGCCUUCAUCCGACACAUUGUGCCAGUAUUUUUCUGGAAGGUGAUGAGGCGCUUGGACAUUGGUCCAGAGAGGAAGCUUGCCGCCGCGCAAGCGCUGCUUCGCUGCUUCACAAUGGACAUGAUCAUGAAGAGGAGGGGGAACGACCAUGGUAUUGUUCAAGAGGUACCCGUAGACAUUCUGUCCAAUUAUGUCAAUGACCCAAGAUACAAUGAUGAUUUACUCCAGGCAACUCUCAUUACCUACAUGAUCUCCGGGAGGGACACGAUCGGUACUACCUUGUCGUGGGUCAUCUACAACCUCGCCAAGAACCCGCACGUCGUGUCGAGCAUACAUGAUGAACUAGCACCCAUCAUAUCCCGCAAACCAUCCAUUGCAGGAGCCACCAUGACGAUGUUGGAUCUAGAUGAUGUCAAAGCCCUAGUUUAUUUGCAAGCCACCCUAUUGGAGACACUCAGGUUGUACCCGCCGAUCCCUAUCGAGCGCAAGUCUGUUGUCACCACCGAUGUAAUGCCAAGUGGCCAUGAGGUGUGUGCCCGGGACAUCGUCCUCGUCUCCAUCUACUCCAUCGGAAGGAUGGAGUCUGUCUGGGGAGCUAACUGCCGGGAGUAUAGGCCAGAGAGGUGGCUCUCAGAGGAUGGACGCCAGCUGCGACACGUGCCCUCUCACAAGUUUUUGGCUUUUAACUCGGGCCCAAGAUUAUGCCUUGGCAGGGAUAUUGCAAUCAUGCAGAUGAAGAUCAUCGUUGCUGCUAUCGUGUGGAACUUUGAUGUGAAAGUGUUAGAUGGUCAAACCAUCGAGACAAAGUUGUCUUGUCUUCUGCAAAUGAAGAAUGGCCUGAAGGUUAAGCUGAAUAAGCGGGAAAUGUAA